ACCAUCCCAAAGUGUCCAAAUCAAUCUACUAGCUUUAAAAAUGAGAAUGAAUCAACCAACACCAACAUGGAGCAGCAGGAGAAGAACACAAGUAUGGAAUUACAAGAUAACUAUGAAAAUGCAAUUCAAAGGAACCAUAUCAGUCUUGGUGGAGUGAUCACUGUUAAAGAUAUCCACUUGGAGACCAAUUGUAACAUCUCCAUGUCGAACGAGGAAUGGAAGAUACGCGCUGAUCUAGAGGCUGAUAUGGAAAGGGAUUUGGAAGAAGAGAUUAAAGAUGGUAUUUGCCAUCUUGCUUUUCGAUUGUACCGGCUUUAUCAACACCAGAGGGACAGGAAUGCAAGAGAAUCAUCAAGAAGUGGCAACAAAACUGGAUCAGCAUUUGAUAAGAAAACAUUUUCAGAGGUGAACAUAACAAUUAAGAUGGAAGGAGAUUCCAAAAUUGAAAUAAAUGAGAUCAAGAAAGUAGCUCAUGAAAAGAAUAGGCCUCGGAGUACUUACAGUUCAGAAGGUAAGCAAGGAAACAUAUUCCCUGGUAAUACCAAGAAAUUCAAUUGGGUAAAUACUCUCCGAUCGGGGAAUCGUACUCCUGCUGUUAUUAAGAAUGUUCAUGGUGUUCAUCCAAAUAUUAAACAUGAAGUGAAGGAAAGGAGAAACUGCAAGCGACCUGUGAAUGUAGCAAAUGGUAAGUUACUUGAAGUAGGAUGGAGGAAUUAAGAACUUAAAAAGGGUUAAUUCCACACAAAUAUUAGUCCAACUGUAUGAAAAUAAUGGCUUUUUAAAGGCCUAGAUGUGGGUUUUGAAGCUUAUGACUUUAAUUUGCUUGAAUAAGGAUUGUCUUCAUGAAGGCUAAUGUGA